AUGGCCUCAUUUGCCUCUCAGACGAUCGGUUCAUGUAUAUCAAUGAUCUCUUUCUUUGGAAUCCUACCAUUCGAAAGGUUUUGCCCCUUCCACGGGUUCGUGUCACCUUCGAUUCGCACGGUCCAUUCAGUGCCAACAUUGGCUUUGUGUUCGAUUCAAGCACUGAUGAUUACAAGGUUGUCCGAAUUGCGAAUUGUGCAUUUUGAUUAUGUUCACAAGCCACAGGAGAUUGACAUUUUCAGUCUCAGCACCGGGACUUGGCGCAACAUCAGUCAUGUGGCGCUUCCAGAUAUCAACAUCAAUGAGAGGGCUCACCAGGCUUUUCUCAAUGGGGCUGCACACUGGGUUGCUUCCAAAUUGCGUAGUUAUGGCGGGAGCUUCUUGAUCGUGUCCUUCCACAUGGAUCAUGAAAAAUUUAGUCAAAUUAUACUUCCUCAUAACAUCAUGGCUCAUGACAGUGGAUUAGGAUCAAUGCUGAUGUCAAGUGCUCUUUAUUUUGGCGUUGCUAAGUUUCAGGAAUCACUCGCUGUCAUCCACUUUACUGGUCCAGAAGACAAUACUUGUUGCAUUUGGGUGAUGAAAAAGUAUGGUGUAAGGGAGUCUUGGACUAAGCAAUUCUAUUUUGAUAUGACUGGAACAUUUAAUACCCUUGCUGGAUUCUCAAGGAAAGGCGAACUUCUACUGGCAACUAGUGAUGGGUACCUGGUAGCUCAUGAUCCCGAAGCUGGACGAACAACCCAUCUUUUAAUUCGGGGGACUACACAUGAAACAUAUAUAUACUCAUUUUAUGCAGAUGCUUACACGGAGAGCCUAGUUUUACUUGGAAAGAGAUUUUGUGAUACAGGCACUUCUGAAGAAUCAUCACCUGGGGCUGUUGAAGGGAGGUGUGCAGCUGAGGAAAUCAAGAACAGGUUUGUGACGGGGUGGAAAAUGAAAAUGAGGAAAUAAGUGAAGAUGGAGAACUGUAAGAAGAGUAGAGCUGUAGAAGUUGCAUAGUGAACUCUUCCCUUGCUUUUACUUGGUCUUACUUUGCUUACAAUAUUUAAAAAUAUAUCGAUGUAGUUAAAAACUUUCUUUGUGGAAGAUUUAAGUCACGCAUGAUACUUAUGAACUCUUGGAGCAUUUGGGCUUGAUAUGCCUUGUGGAUAUUAUGCUGAAAAUAUUUUGAAUUGUUCAUUAUUACUUAUCUUUUGAUGCCAUUAUAUAUUUCUAGA